AUGGCUGGUCGUGGCAAGGGCAAGACCGCUGGCAAGAAGGCCGUCAGCCGCAGCUCCAAGGCUGGUCUGCAGUUCCCUGUGGGCCGCAUUGCUCGUUACCUGAAGAAGGGCAAGUAUGCCGAGCGCAUCGGUGCUGGCGCCCCCGUCUACCUGGCCGCUGUGCUGGAGUACCUGACUGCUGAGGUUCUGGAGCUGGCUGGCAACGCGGCUCGCGACAACAAGAAGAACCGCAUCGUCCCGCGCCACAUCCAGCUCGCCAUCCGCAACGACGAGGAGCUGGGCAAGCUGCUGGGCGACGUGACCAUUGCGUCCGGCGGUGUGCUGCCCAACAUUCACGCCGUUCUGCUGCCCAAGAAGUCCAAGGGCGGCAAGGGCGAGGAGGGAUCGUCGUAA